UUUUCGUUGGAAAGAAUAAGUGAGUCAAUCGCUGCGGCGCCAAAGUCGAUCUUUCUGUAACUUUUUAAUCUACCAUGGGUAAGGAAAAGACUCACGUUAACGUCGUCGUCAUUGGUCACGUCGAUUCCGGCAAGUCCACCACUACUGGACAUUUGAUCUACAAGUGCGGUGGUAUUGACAAGCGUACCAUCGAGAAGUUCGAGAAGGAAGCCGCUGAACUCGGUAAGGGUUCCUUCAAGUAUGCCUGGGUUCUUGACAAGCUUAAGGCUGAACGUGAGCGUGGUAUCACCAUUGAUAUUGCUCUCUGGAAGUUCGAGACUCCCAAGUACCACGUUACCGUCAUUGAUGCCCCCGGACAUCGUGAUUUCAUCAAGAACAUGAUUACUGGUACUUCCCAGGCCGAUUGCGGUGUUCUUAUCAUUGCUGCUGGUACUGGUGAAUUCGAAGCUGGUAUCUCCAAGGAUGGUCAAACCCGUGAGCACGCUCUUCUCGCUUUCACCCUCGGUGUCCGCCAACUGAUCGUUGCCAUCAACAAGAUGGACACCACCAAGUGGUCUGGUGACCGUUAUGACGAAAUCGUCAAGGAAGUUUCCUCCUUCAUCAAGAAGAUUGGUUUCAACCCCAAGUCCGUUCCUUUCGUCCCCAUCUCCGGAUGGCACGGUGAUAACAUGUUGGAGGAAUCCACCAACAUGCCCUGGUUCAAGGGUUGGACCAAGGAAACCAAGGCUGGUUCCAAGUCUGGCAAGACCCUUCUUGAGGCUAUUGAUGCCAUCGACCCCCCUACCCGUCCCACCGACAAGCCCCUUCGUCUUCCUCUUCAGGAUGUCUACAAGAUCGGUGGUAUCGGUACAGUUCCCGUCGGUCGUGUCGAGACUGGUAUCAUCAAGGCUGGUAUGGUUGUCACUUUCGCCCCCACCAUGGUCUCCACUGAAGUCAAGUCCGUCGAAAUGCACCACGAACAGCUCGUUGAGGGUGUUCCCGGUGACAACGUUGGUUUCAACGUAAAGAACGUUUCCGUCAAGGAUAUCCGUCGUGGUAACGUCUGCUCUGACUCCAAGAACGACCCCGCCAAGGAAGCCGGUUCCUUCACCGCUCAGGUCAUCGUUCUUAACCACCCCGGUCAAAUCGGUGCUGGAUACGCUCCCGUCCUCGAUUGCCACACUGCUCACAUUGCCUGCAAGUUCGCUGAGCUCGUUGAGAAGAUCGAUCGUCGUUCCGGUAAGAAGCUCGAAGACAACCCCAAGUUCGUCAAGUCCGGUGACUCCGCUAUCGUCAAGAUGGUUCCUUCCAAGCCUAUGUGCGUUGAAGCUUACACUGACUAUCCUCCUCUUGGUCGUUUCGCUGUCCGUGAUAUGCGUCAAACUGUCGCUGUCGGUGUCAUCAAGGCCGUUGAGAAGGUUGACAAGGCCACCAAGGCCACCAAGGCUGCUGUCAAGGCUGGCAAGAAAUAAGCUCAUUCGCCACCACCAACAACCACUUAAAAAAAUAGCACAUCAAAGCCAUUUCACCCAAUCCUUAGUUUUAAUGAACUGUUGCCCUGUCUAGAGUAUUGUGAUUUAGCACUUGUGCUGUUUGUUUCAAAUACAAUUGUUCUAUUACAUCAAAC